GGCAGUACCACAUGGUUCUUUGUUGUAAGACAAAACCUAUACAUUGAACGCUGGCCUAAGGACCGUCCUUUCGCCAUUGCAAAUUCAACCGCGAAGGAGCGAAGCUUAUUUGCACGGACGGUUUUCAGUGACCUGCUUCUUCAGCUGUUUAUUUAUCGAAUAUCAUGGCAAAUAAGUCAAAGAAAGCAACUUCUAAGACUAGAUAUACGAAUGUAGAAACCAGUGAGAGUGAGACAGAUCUGAUUUUUGAAGACUCCAUUAGCUCCCAUAGUUUUGAUUCUGAAACUGAGGAAUAUUUUUUGAACGGAGAGGACAUUGUUUUGGACUGUGGCACUGACCCCAACUGGGAGCCCCCAGUGCCAACUUGUCCAUCCCCCUCUGAAGCUGGUUCAUCCAGCUGUACCCCUGCUGUCUCUGGCUCCACACCUCCCGGGCCGUCUAGAGGACCGACAAAGAAGAGGAAGAGGGGAAGUGUGCCAUCCACUAACAGAGGGACAGAAUGGCGUUGGCACACCGUCCUAGAAGACGAUGUGGAGCCACCCCAAACAACAUUUAGACCGAAAAGGAAGCCAGGACCUCAGGUGAGUAUGACUUCAACUUACAGCCCCCUUCAGCUUUUUCAGCUGUUUUUCACCCAAUCCGUUUGUAGAUUCGCUCGUUUGUAACACGAAUAAGUGGGAAGAAGAAGCAAGCAGAAAAAAAGGCAGCAUGGAAGCCCAUAUCCAUGUCAGACCUUUUCUGCUACCUUUCACUGGUCAUCUACAUGGGGCUGGUGAGGCUGAAAAGCCUGAAGGACUACUGGAAAACGUCAUCUCUCUACCAACUGCCUUUCCCCAUGACUAUUAUGUCCUGCAAAAGGUUUCUGGUUAUUUCACAGGCGCUUAAUAUCAGUGACCCAAAGGUUGAUGAAGAGAAUGAGAAGAAGAGAGGCACAGCAGCGUUUGAUCCACUGCCACAGAGUUGUUGAGGCCUGCAAGACGUACUUUCAGCCAGCCCAGAACGUGUCAAUAGAUGAGAGGAUGGUGGCCUCAAAGGACAGCAUUGGCCUCCAACAGUACAUGAGAAACAAACCAACCAAGUGUGGUCUCAAGCUGUUUGUGUUGGCUGACUCUGCGUGUGCCUACACGUGCAAUUUCUUUGUCUACGAGGGGAAGAACAGUUUUGCUACCGGUAAGGGACUUAGCUAUGACUCUGUAAUGGCGUUAUUGGAUUUUCAACUGCUCGGGAAGGGCUACAAACUGUUUGUGGAUAACUUCUACACAAGCCCUACCCUGUUUGCAGACCUUAGGAAGCUGGAUGUGUGGGCUUGUGGCACAAUUCGUACCAACAGGGUGGGCUUUCCGAAGACGAAGGUGAACGACAUGCCUAAGCGGGCUGAGCGGGGGACCAUACGAUGGAUCCGUGAAGAUGGCCUGCUGUUUGUAAAGUGGAUGGAUACCAGAGAGGUGGUGAUGUGCACAACAAUCCACAAGUCCUUCAGUGGGGAUCAUGUUGUCAGGCGUGUGAAGGACGGUGCCGGGGCAUGGACCACCAAAAAUGUCCUCAUUCCAACUGCAGUAAAGGACUACAACAAGAGCAUGGGAGGAGUGGACCUGUCAGACGCGCUAAUAGGCUACUACAAUGUUCUCCAUAAGACAAUGAAAUGGUACAAGACCUUCUAUCAUUUCAUCGACAUCGCUGUGGUGAAUGCAUUCAUCCUACACAAGGAAAUGGCUAAGAGCUGUGGAAAGCCCUUCCUCUCACAGAAAGCCAUCAGAGAGCAACUUAUCAAGGAGCUUGCUGGCUACAGCACCAUUGCACCAAGCCCUGUCCCUUCUGCUCCUGCCACAAGUGUUCAUCUGCCCAAAUAUAUUUGUGUAGGUAUGGAUGUGCCUAAGGGCCAAAAGGGCACAGCAUGGAGGCGUUGCUGUGUUUGCAAGAUGAAGUCUCCCAUCACAUGCUCAGUGACCCUCUGCUUUACAUCAGAAAGAGACUGCUAUGGCAUCUGGCAUCAGCAGCAGAAUAUUGUCUAGAGUUUUGGCAAAGUGGGUGGGGGCUAGGGUCAGUAUGUUAUUUCUGGAGUACUUUUCCUGUCUUAUCCGGUGUCUUGUGUGAAUUUAAGUCUGCUCUCUCUUUCUCUCCUUCUUUCUCUCUGAGGACC